GGCAGAACAUUGAACAAGAAGCUAUACAAAUAACACAAUCUUUCACUUUUGUUUGUCUCUUCCCCCAUAGUAUCUUUGUGGAUUGUCAACGCUCUCUGAAAGAGGUGCCCAAGAAGCUUCCUUUUCACUCUCUCUGUCUCUCUCUUUAAAAACAAAAAUUACUUCAACCAACGAUUAGUCCCUUUCACCACCAUCUCUCUGCUUCUCGACUUCUCCUUCACCAUCACAAACUCCCUUCUUCUCUUCUCUCUUUCUCUGCAUUUCACCAAACAGUGUUCCUUCUGAUUUUGCUCGAGAUCUUUACUAAAUCCUCAAAUUCAAUCCUAUUCUGCAAAAAAAUCUCCCCUUUACCUCUAAAAGCUCGAAACUUUUCUCUGAUCUGAAGCCUUGAAAAACAUGGGAUUCUCAGCUGGGAAAAGAAAGUCACGAGACGAACAAGACUACACAGUAACCUUAGCUUCUCCUCCUGAUUCUUUCCCCUUGGAUGAACUCAGCGACGACGUCCUCGAGAGAGUCCUCUCGUGGCUACCAACUUCCUCUUUCCUCCGCAUGACCUCCGUCUGCAAGAGAUGGAAAUCAACCCAAUCCUCCAAAAGCUUCAACCUUGCUUGCUCCCAAGUCCCUCUCCGAGAUCCUUGGUUCUUCAUGGUCCCUAACGACUCCAAUUCUUCGACUUUCGUACACGACUCCACGGAGAAGAGCUGGAAGAACCUCAGCCACCGCAGCAACCGCCGCGGUUUCAUCCCCGUGGCUUCCUCUGGCGGUUUGCUCUGUUUUCGAUGCUCUGUUUCUGGCGACUUCUUCCUCUGUAAUCCCAUCACUGGAUCUUCUCUUGACCUUCCUUCUCUAGAUAACAGCAAACCUCUCCAAGCUGUAGCCAUGACUGCAACUCUCACUCCCUCCGGCUACAAGCUCGUUACAAUCUCUGGAGAAGCCCCAAACCUCUGUUUCCGGUUCUACGAAUCAGAUUCCGGUUCAUGGAGCAAAGAGUUGAACUUAGUGAAGAAGAACGAUGGAGAUGAGUACAAUGAUGAUUCAUCAGAUGAUGAUAAUGGAACAGUCUACUUUCUCAGCAAGACAGGAACCGUGGUUGUAGCGAGUAACAAUCUCCAGAGAAGCCCUUCGAAGCAAUACUCUUCUGUUAUAACCGUUAAGGACAAUGCAGAGACCGUCUACUUUCUCAGCUCUUACGGAACCAUCAUAGCUUGUGACCUCGCCAAAAGAUGCUUCACCGAGCUCCCUAAGCUUCUUCCUCCGUUUCUUGAGUAUUCCAUCGACUUGGUGGAAUGUAACGGAACCAUGUUUGUGAUUCUUCUCUCUGAGUUCUACGAAAGCACCAGCUUGAGGAUUUGGAAACUAGAGAACCAGAGUUGGGUUCAUGUCGGGAUGUUGCCUCCUGCAAUGUCCCAUGAGUUGUACGGGAGAGAAGGUGACAUAAACUGUGUUGGAGGAGCUGGAAACAAGAUACUUGUGUGCUUCAACACCAAUCCUCCUGAGAUGUAUUAUAGAUACUUUCUGUAUGAUUUAGUUUCAGAACAGUGGAGCGAGUUGCCAAAAUGCUUCAAGGAUGGAGAAGCUGUGGAGUUCGUUUCUGCUCUUUCGUUCCAGCCUCGGAUCGAAGCAACAGUUUGAAGUUUUAGCUCUUUAAGGAUCUGAUUUCAUUCUUUUUCAGAUAAAUGCACUGUAACUUGAUUUAUAUAAUGUAUUGACAAUCAUUGAGUUAGAACACGAAUGAUUUGUAGUA